AUGGAGAACGGCAAGGACAAGCAUUGUUAUCCCCCAGAGCAUUGCAAUCCAUACAGAAUCUUCAAUAGUAUAACAAAAUGCUACCGCUGCAAUGGAAGCGAUGUUGAAUCUUUCAUUCUUAACGAAGAAGGGAUACCCCUGAAUAACAGAGAAGGGCAUAACCAUGCAACCGCUAAGGAAUGCCCAGGUGUACUAAAAGGUGAACACGCUUGUGGCGGUUUUUUAUGCAAAAGGAACUUUCAAGAGAGUGUAAAUAUCCAUCAUGCAGAUCGAAGAAGUGCUUCUACAUUAGCAAAAAGGCGGGAAGGGACCAGCAAAGAUGAUAUUAAACUGUUUGACAUUAAAUAUGGAAUAAGUAGCUAUGCCUACCUGGGAGAAAAAACAUCGCAUGUGUUGCAAACAAAUGGCCCUUUUUGUGGGAGCGUACGUUAUACUUCAAACGGGACGCCAACAAAUGGAGCAUACAUUCCAAGGGUAAACUUUGAUGAGAAGAUAAAACUGCACAACGAUCUUUACGUUUAUGUUGAGGAAUGUGGCCUACAGAGGGAAACGUCAGAGUGCACCACAAAACCAGAACCACGUAGCACGCGAAGUAGUCUUAAUACUUCUCUCAGUGAAAAUAAACCGUUUAAAUACACAAGUAAGAAGGACCAUCUCGAGAGGGUGGACAAUACGAGCAGCAUAUAUCACCCCGACGAUAAGCACACCUAUGUCUAUGAUAACCUAAAAGCGCAUAACGGCGCAAGAGAUGAGUUAACACUGAAAAAAAUGAAAACAGCGAUUCACCUUGGUGAUAAGUUAAAGGAAGUUUCUAGAUCUGUAUACUUAGAGAAUCAUUCAGAACCAUUUGGAAGUUCUGAAACUGAGGAACACGAUGAAGCGUCACCAUGCGUGGAGGAUAAGCAACUGACUAGACAUAAAGAAUCCAACAGCAAUAACCACGAAAAUUGGGGCACCUGUACAGAUGGAGUAGUAACACCGAAAGGAUGCAAGAACAAGAAAAGUUGUUCUAUGAUUCAUUUUGCCACAGAAGGGACAAAUGUACAACCACAGCUCGUUGACAACUUUAGUCAAACUGUUGGAAAGAAAAAAAAAAUUGUAAAAAUGAAGAGGAGACUAAAAAUUGGUCUAAAAGGAAGAAGAAAGAAAAAAACUAAGAAUGCCUUCUUGAAGAAGCCAGGCAAUGGGAAAAAACUUCGUGUUAAUAAAACAAAAAAAAUGAAAGCCACCUGCUCGAGAAAAAGAAUCCCAAUGAGUAGACAAAAAGAGGGCUAUGCACAUAAGGGGAAGAAAAAAAGGAAUAAGUUGGGCUCGAAAAAUGCUAAGAAUUCUGCUCCAUGCAAAUUUUCAAUUGGAAAGGGAGAUAAAAAGGUUUCAUCGGAUAUGCGAAAUAGGGUGAAUAACCACUUGGCUCAAGUCAUUUAUUCCAAGUUGCAUCACAAGGAGGGGAAAAAUAAGCGAAGAGAAAGUGAGCCCCCGAUCAUGAGGCAGACAAAGUUUGCUAACAGGAAAUCACACACACAUAGGAUAAAAAUAAAAAAUGCCAAGGCAGUGAAAAGAGACGAAAAGCUCCAAGAAGUAGAGAAAAAUAGUAUAGACCUGGACGAAGCUAAAAAUUUGAUAACCCAUGAUGAUAUGCAAAGCGAUGAUGUUGAAGAGGCGUCUAUCAUACAUGGCGAAGUCAAUUCAGAUGAGAUAAACAUCGUAUCGGGGAGAGAUUCAGACGUUUCUCCUUCCCCUAAAGUGGCCACCAAAAGUGUUGGGAGUGGCUCAUACUAUUUUUGCCUGAGUGAUGAUGUGAGUAACUCCUCCUACAGAUCAUUCCUUGUGGACACCCACAGUUUGGAGCUUUCAAAGAUUACGCAAUAUUCUGACCGUACAGUUGGUGUACAUGGCAGCGGUAUGGCGGAAGAGGAUGCGUUCCUAAAGAGUGGGCGAAGUCAUGAAGAAGAGAAAGAAGAAGGGGAAGAAAACAAAGAAGAGGAAAACGAAGGGUACAACCAUAUGGCUAAAACGGGAAAGGAAAAUCUAAGUAGUAGUAAUCCAGAAAAUGGUACCAAUUUGAAAGCCUCCGUGGGAAGGGACGCCAAAUGGGGGGAUCUCACCAGCAUAAGGAAUGGACUAGAAAAGGACGGGGCAAGCAAUACAAAAAAAAGUUUCAAUGGUGGCAGUGAUGGUUGCAAUUUCAUCUCUAAUGGUGGGAUAAGCGCAGAAGAAAUGACUUCCAUAUGUAGAGGCGAAUACACCACCUUCGACGAAAACGAAGAGAGAUUAACAUUUGUGGUUCUGAGGCAGGUUGCCAACUUUCUGGGCGGCGGAAGUGGAGACGUACAAUCAGGUGAAACGCUAGAAGAGGGCCAAAAAAGUUUUAACAUAGACAGGGAGGGACGAACAGUAGACCAAUUGAGAAGUAAUCCCCAAAUUGAGGAACCUCGGGAGGAUGGUUUUUUCUGCGAAAUGGUGACAAGCACAAGCGGGGUAAGAGGAAGGAUAGGGGGGAGGAACAGAAGCGAUGAUUCCUUUUUCGAAAAAGCAAUUCUCAAUUCAGAUGAGGAGAACUCAGCACUGAUGGAUACGUGCACGUAUAGGCAAUCGUGCCAAAAAGACAAAAACCUGUUCAUGCUUCACUCGAACUUGUUGAAGCAGCGCUCCUUCUUCCAUCAACACGGGACACUCGAGAAUGAAGUGAUGUAUAUUCUAAACAGCUUAACAUUUUAUUCUCACAAAUUGAAGAAUGUACUGAACUAUGCCAUAGGGAGGAAAUGUCCAAAUGGGGACGACACCUUACAGGUUAAGUUACUUACCCUCUGCUUGAUCAAUUUAACCGAAAAGGCGAAGAGGAGUGGUGGCCCUUCUUCAUGCCUUAAAAGUGUUUCAAUUUUAAUGCAUCAAUUGUUGGGGCGGGUUCGCUACGGUGUCUUGAGCCUCUCUAAAAAUGGGCAAGUUACUAAAUUUGAGCAGGUGAUUAUGAAGACAUACCUCAUAGAGUUGAUUAAAAUGUGCAGGCUGCUGUUAACAUCACUAGGGGGGAUAAAAAAUCCUCCUCGUUCAUCAUUCGCAGGGGAAUCUCGGUUAUCACCCACGGGUGAACUUUCCUUUCAUAAUUGGGCAGCACGGUCGGGGGUGGAAGUACCCGAAAUGGGAAAAUUGAAGACCUCGCUUGAGAAGCACCUCGUUUGUAAUUCGGAAGACAGAAAAGUUUUCCAACCAGACGGUAAUGGUAAUGAGGACACCACUGAUCGUGUGAAGGGAGAACAAUCAGGGGUGGUGGCGGUAGAGGUCAAUUCUAUGAAUGGGGACAUGAAGCAGAUAAGCAAACUGACGAACGAGGUUGUGGUUUCUCAGAAUAACCAUCCUACCUACUGUGACAUUUACAAACUAAUUAAGGGGCUGAAAGAAAAAUUGCUACUCCUAGAACGGAACAGUCAAACAAACUUUUGCAGCUUAAGGCUAAUGUUGAAAUAUCUCGACAAAUUGAGUUACAUUUAUAGAGUGAACUCUGCCCUCCUGGAUGACCCCAAACAAGAGAAAAUCCCGACUGACCAAAUGGCCAACCAAAUGGACGACCAAAUUAGACGCAUGGUACAAAAUGUGCAGGAAAAAAUAACCGCGUGGACGAGGGGGAACGAAGCCAUUUGCGACAUGCCGACUUUAUAUUCUAUAAAAAGUGUGCAGAAAGGAAUGGAGAAAAAUGUCUUUGCCUUUUUUGAUCAGUUAUCAGGGAAGGAUUCCCAUGGGAGGAGGCCCAUUGGCGUUUGUCCUAGAGUACCUAAACAAAACGGGAGUGUUGAGCUAGAAGGGGAAAAAAUGGCACAUGCUAGAACGAACAGUGUGCGAAACGAAUGUCAUAGGAAGCAAAUGAGAGGUCUACAUAAGGGGGGCAAGAAAAAAACGUCUUUUGACAACUCUGUGGAAAGCUAUCACGACGAAACGGAGCAUCUGGAACGGCUGAAUGAAUGCCUAAAUGAGGUUAUACUGAGCAAGAACAAGGAGCUAAUCACAAACCCGAAUGGUCAUUACGCCAUGUUGAAGGAGUACAAAGAAGAGUUGUCCGUAUUGAAUGAUCUUCGAAAUGGUGAAAAUGGUUUAGUGAAUGAUUUUUUAGACCACAUGCCCAGCUGGAAGUUCACUAAAAUGUUAAGUGCGUAUGUUAGGGGAGGAAUUCCACGUAGGGGGAACUCGGAGUGGGGUCGAGUCCAUCUUGGGACGACCCAAAAUUUACCUACCUUCUCCCGAAAAAGGAACAAGAAAAAGAUAAGCGGCCUUCCACUUGAAGGGAAUUUAUACAGAGACGCCCAUGCACAUUUGAGUAAUGAAGAAUGUCUUAACCAGUGA